UAUCCUGUUCGCGUCUGUAACGGUGCGGUAAGUGAGACAGUUUAAAAAUAAUUCGCUUGUUCUAAAAAUAGAGUCGGUUCGUAAAACACGUAGCCGUCCGACACGAACGCGGCUGCAACGUCGAAGCGAUAAUCGCAGGCAUAGUGCAGGUCGAAAAUACCCUUGUCGAUUUAUGCAUUGUCCAUCGCGGUGGGCGGGUGCAAAAAAAUGUUGGCACCUGUUUCCUUGGUAGUGUUUUGACUGUUACCGAAUUUCGAGGAGGAUUGCGUGUCAGCUGUCAAUACCCCCUGAACAACAAAUCCGAAAAUGUCUGAUGAUGGGUUUCCGGACUGUCCCGAGCAGCCCAACAUGGAGAUCCAGAUCAAGACCCUCAUGGGAACCUCAUUUGAUAUCAAAGUCUCUGGCAGUGACACCAUCGGCGAUAUCAAAAAGAAAAUUUUCAGGGUGGAAGGUAUCCCGAUUUAUCAGCAAAACUUAAUAUUUAAGUCCGAGGAAUUGAAAGACGCGCACCGCCUUUGCGAUUUGGGCAUAAAGAACGGCUCUACUCUUACUUUGGUUUCGGCGAUGAGGGGAGGACCGAUAUCGACCAGGAGGCUUUCCGUCACCUGCGAACUCCAUCUGAUGAUGAAAGAGUUAAAGGAUCUGUUGGAAAACGCGAGGGAGGAAAUCGGUCCCGGAUCGAAGGUGUCGGUGCUCGUCUUCAAGGAGGGCGAAAUAAUCAACCUUUUGCGCGUCAUCGAGAACGAAGACGGCUCCUACUCGCCCUAUAGCGAGAACAAUUCCCCGAUAUCCCCGCCCACGAAACACUUGCCGAAAGAUUCGGCCGCCUCCUCUUCGUCCUCUUUCAAAAAUGUCGUCGAAGACACGGAGAUGUGCGCGAAGAUCGCUGGCCUGCGCAAGAAAAUGGCGGACGCCACCGCGCGUCGGCGUAAUCGGGCCGGUGGCGGCGGCGCCGCAGUGGACUGCGGCAGCUCUUCGUCCGCCUCCGAUUUGCCCUUUAAAUUCCUCGAAGACAUUACGGGCGGCCUUUUGGACGCCGUCGACCUCACGGUGUACGAGAGGAGUUUCACGGACGAGGGCAACCAAUCGGAGAGCGAAGAGAUCGCGCUCAAGGACAAGCACCGUACCAAACUCAAGCCGAAGUCGCUAUACAGCGAACGUAAGGGGGCGUACUCCCGUACUAAACAGAAUUACGCGUGGAUGCACAACAAGAGAGACUCGAGACUGUUUGAGCGGUCGGCACGCGACGACCGUCCUAAUUUGAGGUUAGAAAACUCGGACGCGGGCGUUGUUGCGGCCGCCGCUCGGAGCCCCGCCGUCGAGGAGGUCGGGGCCAAACUUGCGGAGCAGCUCCACUUCAUCGACGACGAUGACAACCAAAAUGUGUUCGGCGAGAGUUUGUCGGUAUCCGCCGCGCGGAACCGGGUCCACCUGACGCGUCUCGUGCUCUCUGAGGGGGCGGAACGGCCGAAAAGCUCACCCGACGGCAUCGAACUCGAAGAGCACGGCCAAGACCUGUGGGAGAUCCACGAGCCCGCCACCGAACGGCUGAAGCACAGCGCCACCUGCAAGGUGGGCGUGCUGAAGCGGCGCCAGGGCCUCGAGUACAACUACGAAGGUCUGGAAAACGCGUCGACGUCGAAGAUCAAACCGGAGAUCGGCAACUACGGGGGAAAAGCGUCGACGACCGAGUUCGGGGUUUAUUCGGGCGCCAAUUUUUACAUGCCGCAGUUUAUGUCGACACCUAGCGCGAUACCGCCCCAGUACGCUCCCAAGGAGCCCGACUACUGCGACCUUUUUUUUGCUCGCGAGCCCCGCUCGCCACUCUACAGCAGGAGAAACAGGAAAGAAGCAGAGGAGACGUCAGCGUCGGGCGCCAAAGAUUCGGCGACCGACUACGGUCCGGGCCUUCUCGGCGACUGCGCUAGCAUUCAACGGCUGAAGAACGAGUGCGGUGGCGAAGCCGAAGCCAUCUUCGGGCCCGACAACGAACUUGCCGACGACCUCUAUGGCUACUACAACCUGGGUUGUUCCGCCGACCGAUCGGACGAGCGGACAGGCGGGGUCGAACCGCUGCCGCCGCCGCCUCCGCCGCCCCCUCUGUUACCGCCCGUUGCGAAGAAAAGGUCGCGUUGCGGCGAGUGCAACCGCCGCCUCAACAUCACCAACAUCUACAGCUGCCGGUGCGGCCGGAUGUUUUGCUCCCAGCACCGGUACUCCGAGGUACACAGGUGCACGUACGACUACAAGACGGAGGGCAGACGGCUGCUGGAGCACCAGAACCCGCUCGUCGCAGCAGAGAAGGUGAAGCGGAUCUAACCGGUGCGGGGCGGCGGCAGAGCUUAGCGAAAAAAAAAUUAACGGAGUGCCUGUGUAUAGAAAAAAAAGAGUUUUUUCCUUUUCAUCAUUUUUGCUGUAUUGUCGAUAACGUGUAAAAAAUAUAUAUUAUACAUGUGCCGUUUCGCUGGGUUCCUUUCCACAGCGCGGUAGUGAGGUUAUGUGCACGCUCGUUAAUUUUUUAUUUCCUUUGUGAUCUCUCCCAGGUCACAAGGGUCCCUGUUCGUUUAGGUAUUUAUUUAUUUUUUUUGUAGGGGCCGCAUUUUGUUUUUUUUUUCUUUUUCGGGACGGCACAUAACCUCCGAGCAGAGUUUUCCGCGGCGGUUGCGGAGAGGGAGGGCUUCGGGACCGCCCCUCUUACCGUUUAUCAGGCGUCCCGCAGGAAUCGGCUCCCCUCUCCCAGGUACCCGCUUCCAGGGUCUACUCGACCCCUUUCCCAUGCCGCGCAUUAGUCGUUCUGCAGCCAGAUGUCGCGACAGGUCCUCAGAUCGAGAUUUUUUCCCCGUUUGGGUGAAAUCGCGUGCGCGGCAAUAAAACGAAUUUUCUUUGCAUGGUGCGCGCGUGAGGAGAGCGAAAGGGAAAACAAAUCUAUUCUUUUGACCACGAAACCACAUUAUAAAAAAUAUGAUUUUUAAAGGUGUGCCGAAAACUAGUCAGUGGCGUAUUUUUUUUCUGUUAAUAUUAAUAAUUAAUAAAAAAAACUUUAAAAUAUAAUAAUACUCUUGAGUAUUUUCGUGGCGAAGCGAAUAGACUCUUUCGUUCCCAUCCGUGAACUAUUUCAUCCGCGGACACACACGAUUUAAAAAUUAUGUAUAAAAUACGCACUCGUGUCGAGUGUCCCAGUGACUUGGUUCCUACGCUUGAAAAUUUCCUCCCCCGUUGCCAUAGACGGACAAACGAAAAAUUAUUGUACCGCGGCCGACCCUUUUAGGACUGACGUUUUUGAUAUUAGGCGGGAACGCCCAUCCCACCCCACGUUUUGUUGUUUGCGCGGCCUUCAUCGCCGGUUUUACAGAAUUUAUCCCAUAUUGGGGCUUCGUCUUAAUAUUUUUAUCCAAUAUUUCUAAAUAACUUUCGGGUAACUUUUAUAUAGGAAUAUAAAAAUAUUUUCUUUUUAAUCUGGAAAAACGAUAUAAAAACCGUUCAAAUAUUGUUAUAUAUAUAUGUGAUGUUUGGACUGUCCUAUAAAAAGCAAAUAAUCACGAAAACACAAAAAAAUCCUUUUACCAUUACUUUUUUUUGUGAUUAGACUGUGUUAAAUAAUAGUAAUCCCUGUAAAUAUACAUAUAUUUUAAAAUAUAACCCCUCC